CGGAGGUAAACACGGCUGGCAGCUUUCAAAUGGACUAGGGCUUCAGUUUCUCUUUUAAUAUGAAAAUAGUAUUUUUCUAUAUUUUGUGCGGGGUGGUGCUGCUGCUCGCACUACAUCUCUGUGUUACCACUCCUGUGCCUCCAGGAGUGUUUCAGACCAGGUGCCUCGAGCGUCACUUCUGGCUUUCUGUUAAAUCCACUUUCCUUGGCUCGAUGACCCGUUUUGACUUCGAAGACCAGCAUGGACUCCACUUCCUGUCCCAUCACGAGGCCGCACUCUGUGGUUACACCCUCCUAGUCAACCAUGAUGGAGACCUGGUGCUUCGCGCCUCCUUCCUGGCUUGUCAUGUCCACACCCAGACAGGGGCAGACUAUCUCCUGCGUCUUCGGUUUGUAAACCUGCAGACAGAGGGAACAGUGACAGCGUACCCCUUCCAGCUCCACUGCUCUGUCCGAGGGAAGUGGAGCACCAGAGAGAUUGUCUGUGAGGAAAACUACAUGGAGGUGUCCAUUCAGGAACCUGUUCUGCCUGCUAAAUCCAACAAUAAGAAGGAAGCAGAGGAGUCAGAUGUGGCUGUGAUGUUCCACAGAGCCGAUUGGGCACCAGGGAAAGCGAGGGUCUUGUCCCAGACAGAGGCUGCUGCUCUGGGCUAUCGCAUCUCGCAGCACGGGUCACGUCUUACCCUCCGUUGUGCCUAUUCCUCCCCUCUCUCAUACUUCAUUAAGGAGAAGGGAGCGGAUUUAGAGGUUGUCAGAGCAGCCAUCCUGUACCGACUCCAGGAUGGUUUCCUACCUCUUGACGCCACUGUUGCCUGUGCUCUGAAUGAGGCCACAGCAGAUGUCUCUGACCUGCUGUGGACCGUCCCUUAUAUUCUCUCUCCUCUGGUUCACGGGCAGUUUAGGGACAGAGGCAUAUGGUUCGGAGUGAACAGCCAAGCUCUGACUCAGUCUCAGAACAGAGACAGAGGAUACAGGGUUGGCCUGCAGGAGGGCUGGGUGGAGGUCAGGAUUCCAGCAGGAGCCCAGGGUGCACACCUAAAGAGUGGAGUUGUGAGGGGACAGUACAGCUGGUCCACGUCAGUGGAUCUGUUCUUCAUGAGUCAGUGGGAGGACGACCGCUGGCCCCUCACUCAGCAUCGCUCCUUCAGGCUCCUGAGCACUCCUCUCAUCCCACAAACCCUGUUGUUCACCAACACCACAUCCCCAUUCAAGGGGUUGUUUUCUGUCACCUUGGGCUUCUUUGCACCUGAUGUCUCCCUCCAGAAGGUGGCAGUAGACGGCGGCGGUGACCUUUUAACCUGGACCCAAAGCCACCAAACACAGAGCGACACAGGCCUCGUGCUGUCCAGGGUCUCCCACCAUAAUGGGAGCUACUCCUACCAGCUUCAUUUCCCCUUGUCACAUCCAAAAAUAAUCCCUGAGUAUAUAGGUGGUGGCUAUAAGACGUACAGCUUCAUUUUCACCUUCACUCUGAACAUCUCGCCCACUGGAGAGGUGUUUUAUCAUCAGUCCACCAUAGAGCAUAGUGUGGAGUACAUAGCUCCGGGUUUGCCCACUCUGGAGGGGAAGUGCACAGAGAACAGCCUGCUGGUGCUGCUGCACCACGGGACCCAGGCCGAGCUGCAGUGGGAGCUCUUCAUCGGCGCCCGCAAGCUGGACUGGGACCUGGUGGGGGUGGGGGAGUUCAUGGUGGAGGCUGAGGAGGAAUAUUUGGCUGUGGAGAUCCCUCUCCACAGCCCCCUGUUGAGCUACGAGGAGCUGACACUGUGGGGUUUUGUUGCUGGGGUGGCGCUCUCUGUUGUGGAUGCAGAGUCUCUGAAAGUACAGGACAGUCUUGUCCAUAAAUGCACCUUUCCUGCUAGAGAACUACUGGUGUGUCUGCCAGAAGGGAGGAUGGUGGCAGUAGUGGACACCACCCACACUAUCCCAUACACACACCCCAACCGAACCACUCUAUCAGACCCCAGCUGUGUUCCCAUGGAGACGGACGGCGCCAGAGCUCUGUUCAGCUUCAGCCUCAACUCCUGUGGGACGACCGUCACUACUGAGGGAAACUUCUUGGUUUAUGAAAACCAGAUCAGUUACAAUCAAGAUUUUCUGCCUUUGGAUGAUCCUGUUAUACACAGAGAUUCUCCAUACAGACUUACAAUCCAGUGUCGCUACCCUGCGAAUAGUAGUAGUACCGUCGCUGUCCAACUUCCUGGGAGCUCAUCUCUGCCAGUCAAACGCACAAACAGGGAAGCUGCAGACACAGGUGUGUGUGCGAGUGAGCAUUGUACUGCAACUUACUUAUAAUAAUAAAAUCAUUUUGAUCUGCGUUUGAUUUGUGUUGGUGUGAAAGUAUGAAAAUAACAAAAGUCUACCCCAUUCAGGUGAAAGAAAAUGGGGGGUGAAUUUGAAGGGACAUCAGGUUGUGAAACCUGAUUUAAAUUAACACUGCUAAAUGUUCUACACAAAUACUAAAAUCUGCUUUAUAAUGAGAUGAACUGGGAGG